AACGCGAAACCUCUGCGUUUCUUCGUCUUCGCGACUCGUCAGAUUGUGUAAUCACAGUACGGCAUAGACUUAACAUUGAAGAUUUUACGAGGUGUUUGAUCGAUUAGUAAUCUGGUUUGUGAUGGAUCAAGCUUCUUCUUCCUCAAAUAGUGAGGAGAACAAGAAAUCUUCCAUUGAUCCUGUGUCCGUCGACGAUAACGAGGAGAGAGAAGCUAUAGAGAUCGCUCUCUUCCAAGUGCCUGAAUGCUAUGUUUAUUUGAUACCUCCAAGGAAAAGCGCAGCUUCCUACAGAGCAGAUGAGUGGGACGUGAACAAAUGGGCAUGGGAAGGAGCAUUGAAAGUGGUGAGCAAAGGAGAAGAGUGCAUUAUUAAACUUGUAGAUAAAACCACAGGGGAACUUUACGCUCAGGCCUUUCUGCGAGAUGGUGAACCUCAUCCAGUAGAAGCUGUAAUCGACAGUAGCAGAUAUUUUGUCCUCCGUGUUGAAGAAAAGAUAGCUGGACGUGUUCGACAUGCUUUUAUUGGGAUCGGAUUCCGGGAAAGAACUGAAGCAUAUGAUUUCCAAGCAGCAUUACAUGACCACAUGAAGUAUUUGAAUAAGAAGAAAACAGCAGAAGAAAUGGAACAACACUUUCAGAACACUUCAUCCGUCGAUUACAGCUUAAAGGAAGGAGAAACCAUUGUUCUCCAACUGAAAAACAGAAGCGAUAAAGACGCAAAGUCGAAGAUGGUGGAGAAGAGUCUGAGCAAUCUAACGUUAGAGGAUAAGGGCAAGUCGUUAGAAACCAUUCCUUCAAUCAUCCCUCCGCCUCCACCUCCUGGACCGCUUUCUCCUGCCACAACUGCUCAGAAGUCCCCAUCAAGUCUGCCACCAAGCGUCAGCCUCCAGAGAUCAUCUGAACAACAAGAUUUAGAUACAAAGCGAGAAGAAGUAGAGAAGAAAGAAGACCAAGAAGCUAAAGAUAUAGGCGUUGAAGAUGCACCAGAUGAUGACUUUGGAGAUUUCCAGGCCGCGGGUUGAUUUAACCGUAAAAUCUUUUUACCAUACACAACAUCGUUUUAUGAGUAAUGGGACUGAUCCAAGUUUGGAUUGUUUGCUACUGACCUUUUGUACAAUUGCAAAAUACAAACUAUUUCUCUGAG